UUUUGAACUUGCGGAGAGGUCCUUCGAGAAGUAAAAAUUUGUCAACAAGGUCAUGUUUGAGAGCUGCAGUUGGUGAUAAAGACGGUGUGAUCAUCGUUGACCAUGGUUCGCGUCGUAGAGAAUCCAAUCUCAUGCUAAAUGAGUUUGUAAUAAUGUUUAGAGACAAAACUGGGUAUCCAAUCGUAGAGCCUGCACAUAUGGAGUUGGCAGAACCAUCAAUAAAAGAUGCAUUUGGCUUGUGUGUUCAACAAGGAGCAAGUCGGGUGAUUGUAAGUCCAUUUUUUCUUUUUCCCGGACGACAUUGGCACAAGGAUAUACCUUCCUUGAUUGCUGAAGCUGCAAUAGAGCACCCAGGUGUUUCAUACAUGGUCACUGCACCUCUUGGCUUGCAUGAGCUACUAGUGGAUGUUGUGAAUGACAGGCUCAAUCAUUGCUUAAGCCACGUAGCAGGGGAUGCAGAUGAGUGUGCAGUUUGUGAUGGGACAAACAAGUGCAGGCUCUAUGGAGCUGGCUCUAAGACAGUGAAGCUGAAUUAAGAACAUUGUGCCUAGAGUCUUAAGAGUGGCAACAAUGAGAGUAAUAAUUUGCAGGUAUUCACUCAAACUCAUAUCAUCUUGAUCAUCCUCGUCAACAUCAUCACCUCCAAAUGGCCAGCAGACACUGUUCAACGAACAUUUGCUGACUUUUGCUUCCCUUACUGACUGUGAAAAAUCUGGGCUCCACAGAAAACUAGCAUAGUAUUUUUCAUACCUGUAUGCUGAUCUGAUUCGUUGCUAACCAAGAGAACUUAUUUGGAAGUCUCCAUUGCUAAAGCAGCUGCAUAUAUUAGUUAGUUUGGUGGCCAGCAGUUUGUCAAUGGAGGUGUGAUGGCUGAUCCUUUGGAAAACAUUUUACUUUUGAUAUCUAUGUUUAUUACUUUCCAUUUGUAUUUAAAUCCUAUGUAAUCUGUUUCUGUGACUUGUAUAUUUUAGUGUACUGUUCAGACAAAACGAUUGUUUUGAUUAAAUGAAUGUUGCAUACAUUUGUAUUCGCAUAUUUACAUCUCGGUUAAAAAAUCCAUCCGAGCUAAAUUCAGAUUUUCAUGACUGA